CCGCUGGCACCUACCCCACAUUGCUCUCUACCGCUACUCUGCGCAUCAUCUUUCCUGUCUUUUCCUCUUUUCCUCUGCUCCUUCCACAACCUAGAGAUCUAUAGCUUACUAUACGGACUAUUCUUCCCAAUCUCGCGACUCUUAGUUCAUCAUCAAUAUGCCGUUCACCCCGGAUUCGCAGCUCGACCUGCUCUUCCCUGCUGAGUUCAUACCGGACGACAUAAGGACGGCUUUGCCGUCAGAUCUCCACUUGCGUCCCUUGGCCUCAACAGACUACAGACGUGGACACCUAUCCGUUCUCUCAGUCCUGACGGUUGUGACCGACCCCGGCGAGGAGGCGUGGGUUGCGCAAUUCAACGCACUUCGCGCGGCAGCGCGCACGUACUACUCCAUCGUCAUGGUCGACAAGGCCUCCGAUGGCAUCGUCGCUGUUGGCACGGUGUUCAUUGAGCGCAAGUUCCUGCGCGGCCUUGGCAGCGUUGGGCAUAUCGAGGACAUUGCUGUGGACAAGUCACAGCAGGGAAAGAAGCUGGGUUUACGGAUAAUUCAAGCUCUCACCGGUAUCAGUGAGAACAGCGGGUGCUACAAGACCAUCUUAAACUGCAGUGAUAGCAACAUCCCCUUUUAUCAGAAGUGCGGAUAUGUGAAGAAGGAGAACGAGAUGGCUAAGUACGCGCCCGAAGAUCAGCCACGGCCUCCGAGGCUGUGAGGGCCUUAUGAUAUCUCUGCGUCGAUCCGGUUCACACGGGCCAUUGCUAUGGGACUUGAUGGAUGAUAUACCUAUUAUUGCGUAGUGAACGCUGAUUCGGCCUAUUUGUAAUAACCGGUUCGGAAGCACAUUCAUGGAUCGG